CUUCCUCUCAUCCUUAUUUCCUCGACCGAAUGCAUCUCUCUUAUCUUCUUAUUUAUCCCUUUCUGUCUCUCAAUGCAUAACAAUUAACAUGUUCUUCUCCAAGGUCUCUGUGUGACUCCUUACCAUCAUUAAUCAACUACAGUGAAAUCAAGUAGCUUCAGAAGAAUAUGUACCGAGAAUUUGUGUCUGCAAUUUAAUGAGAGUACUCGGAGAGGGAUGUCGAUGUCGUGCCUGUUGCCACAGUUCAAGUGCUCGCCAGACACUUUUGCUGUUAACUUCAAGUUGCAGAACCAUUCUUUUGCGCACUUCUCAAGAAAGAGAGACGCUCUCAAUUUCCAGGCACAGUGUGUCUUAUCUGUUGCAUCAGCUCCAACACUGACUUCAUCAACUACACUGCUAGAGCUUGAGGAGCUUCAGUUAUCGCCAUUUGAAGCUAUUCCGAAUUCUGUUACUGCUGAUAGACCAUGGACGGCAGAAACUUCAGCAUCAAAAGAUGUGAUACUCGACUUGGAGAAGUUGUCUUCUUUGGAUACUCAUCCAAUUAAUAUUGCUGCAAACAAUCCAUUAACAUUUACUGGAUCAAUUGGACAACUUGCUGAGGUAAGUCUUGGAGCAAAUUUUAAUCGGGAGACUAUUCUUACAAGUGAAGAGACCAUCAUCAAUGCUGCUGCAUCCGAAGCUCUUGCUUUAGCUAAGGCUGCUGUAAGGGUAGCAAAAGAUGCAGCGAUGAUGGUCGGACACCGUAAAUCAAUAAAGUCUGAUAGUGCCAAUUUAGAAACUUUACCUGAAGUAGUUACAACAUUGAUUGGCAAUAAUCAUUUCUCAGAAAGAGUAGAUUUCGGAGAAUCCAAAGUUGCCGAAAUAGGGUUAGGGGAAAAUUAUUCGGCCUCUCAACCUAUUGAAGGAUCUGAUUAUGUGGAUCCUAGUGCAGAGGAACUUGAAUUUCUUGAGGCACAACUCUCCAAGAGCAUAGCUGUUAGGUCAACGCGCCAAAAAGAGAGAAAGGCCAGAAGAAGUCGGGUGGACAAUAAGUCGGCUGCCAACACUGUGCCCAUGAAAUCAGGUUCGUUGAGCCGGAAGAAGCGCUCUUCUGUGCAGGAAGUGAAUUAUUCAGAUCCCCUGCGUUAUUUGAGAGGGAUCGCGAGUAAUUCUAAGCUGCUUACUGCUUCUGAAGAGCAAGUGCUGUCAGAAGGCAUUCAGGUUCUACUGAAUUUGGAAAGACUUCGUGAGGAGUUCUCACAGCGUUGUGGUGGUGAGCCUACUUUUACCCAAUGGGCUGCAGCUGCUGGUGUUGAUCAGAAAACCUUGAGGCAGCAAAUAAAGUACGGUGUACAUUGUAAAGAUAAAAUGGUAAAGAGCAACAUACGUCUAGUUAUUUCCAUUGCAAAACACUAUCAGCGAGUUGGAUUGAGUCUUCAAGAUUUGGUUCAGGAAGGAUGUCGAGGCCUUGUCAGAGGUGCAGAGAAAUUUGAUGCGUCAAAAGGUUUCAAGUUUUCUACCUAUGCUCACUGGUGGAUAAGGCAAGCGAUACGGAAAUCCCUCUCUGACCAGUCAAGGACAAUUAGACUACCCCACCACAUGGUCGAGGCAAGUUAUAAAGUGAGAGAAGCAAGAAAGAAACUGUACAGCGAGAAAGGUAGACUACCAGACGACGAAGAACUUGCUGAGGCCACAGGGCUUUCCGUGAAACGGGUUUCUGCCGUCAAAUUGGCGCCAAAAGCUACAAUAUCCCUCGACCGGAAAGUCGGGUUCAACAAGGACCUCGACCUCUCGGAAGUGAUUGCGGAUCCUGAAGCAGAAACAUCUGAGGACUUGCUCCUUAAGCAGUUCAUGAAACAGGAUUUGGCCAAGGCUUUAGACAGUCUGAGGCCAAAAGAGAAGCAAGUUGUAAAGUGGAGAUUCGGUCUAGAAGAUGGUAGAAUGAUGGCUUUGCAAGAGAUUGGGCAGCUUAUGGGUGUGAGCCGGGAAAGAAUCAGACAAAUCGAGUCCUCGGCUUUCCGGAAGUUGAAGAACAAGAAGAGAAACAUGCACUUGCAGCAGUAUGUUAGGCUGCAACAACAAUGACGUUUAUAGGCAUCAACUUUCAUUUUAAUGUCUGUUUGAUUUAUGUUAGAGAAGCAUGAAAAAUUUUAUUAAAUGUUUUUUAUUUGUUUACCGUGUCAACCUCGGCAUUCUCUUUUCUGGUUAGGCCUAGGCAGCAUUGAUUGUGCUACGAAUAGUUUCCGAAUCUCUUUCGAAUAGCAGUACAUAUUUUGUAUUGGCAUAUGAUAACUGAUUAAGGUCAAUUUUGGUUUAUGAAAGUGAAAUUAGAUUGUUGUAUGUUCUUGUACCUUUUCAUUUUUGUCGACUUUGG